CAUCCCUUCCUCCGAUACAGAAAAACCCCUCUCUCCAUCUCUUAACAACAACAAUGGCUUCAAUCUACACCUGCUUAGAAUGCAACACCGAUCUCAAUCUCAACUCCACCUACACCUACCCACCCAAUUUCUACUUCGAAGCCGGAAACAAAGACUCAAUUUCCUUCUCCGCCAUCGAUUCCACCAAAUUCAAAUUCGAAAAAGAAGAUAAGAUUCGUCCGUUUUUCGAAACAAUCAAUUAUUGGGGAAUUCAAAGAAAAAGAACUAAGAUCAAGUGCAAUAGUUGUAAUCAUCUUGUUGGUUAUGUAUAUGAUGAUGGUCCUCCUCUUACUGAUUCUCCUGGUCAAUUUCAUAUGGGUCCUAGUCAAGUUAUUCCUAGAGCUCCUAGGUAUAGGUUUAAAUCUAAAGCACUUCGAAUUACUUCAGCAUGAAACUUGAAUUGAUAUUUGAAAAUCAAUAUACUUGUGUAUUUUAUAUAGUUGGUUGGAUGUUUCAUAUGUUUUUGUUGAAAUAAAGUUGUUUAUUUUGUUCACUA